AUGGUUCAGCUGCUGCCAGCAAAAGAAGCAGCAAAAAUAUACCAUACCAACUAUGUACGCAACGCACGUGCAGUCGGGGUGUUGUGGGCAGUGUUUACCAUAUGCUUCUCUAUCAUCAUGGUGGAAGUUUUCAUCCAACCUUACUGGAUUGGGGAUAGUUUAAACACCCCACAAGCAGGUUAUUUUGGCCUGUUCAGCUACUGCAUAGGAAAUGCACUGACAUCAGAAUUAAUCUGCAAAGGAAGUGCCUUGGACUUUGAAAGCAUACCUUCAGGAGCCUUCAAGACUGCCAUGUUUUUUGUUGGAGUCUCCAUGUUCCUGGUGGUGGGUUCCAUGCUGUGCUUCAGUCUUUUCUUUUUCUGCAAUUCGGCCACAGUGUACAAAAUCUGUGCGUGGAUGCAGUUGGCUGCAGGUGCAGGCUUGAUGAUUGGAUGCCUAAUUUACCCAGAUGGGUGGGACUCUGCAGAAGUGAAGCGUAUGUGUGGUGAUAAGACGGAUAAAUACUCGCUGGGAGCCUGCACUGUGCGGUGGGCCUACAUCCUAGCUAUCAUAGCUAUAAUGGAUGCUGUCAUUCUUUCCUUCCUCGCCUUUACACUUGGAAACAGGCAGGAUAAUUUGCUGCCUGAGGAUUUCAAGAUCCAGAACAAAGAAGAUGAGAGUGGUUGAGUGGAUCUUCUUUCCACUGCAAGAAUAUGAAUACUUAUUUCAACUUUCCUAUGUAGGACGAUAAUACUGAUAACCAAGAAAGAAAUUCCCAGCAAACAUCUCUGUCCGGCAGUGAAUGGAAUCUGUUAAAGGGAGAUGAUUAAUAAAAUUGUACACAUCCAGUUUACAUAGUAAUAUAGUUGUAUAACUGAUCGACAAUACUCAAUAAUCACUAAGGCGACAUUCACAUGUGCGGUAGCCUGCUGGAGUGCAUAGACGUUUUUUUUGUCCUGCCGAAACCCACCACUCAUGCCAUCAUGUAGCCAGAUUCCAAUAGUGUAUGGGGUCCGGCGGUGAACGUCAAUAACGGUGAACUCCAGCAGACUGUUCUCUGCCACAACAGCCUGCUAGAUCAGGCUACCACACGUGAACGUAUUUAAAAUGUUGUCUUACAAAGUGUUAUUGAAUGCUUCACUUAGGGUAUGGCUGGAUGGCGCCAUGUUUCGUGCGAUAUUUCAUGUAAUGUAUUUUAAUGGCAGUAUGCCGCAAUGUCACAGCCGCAAAAAAGCCAUCUAAGUCGAAUUUUUUUUUUUUUUGCGAAUGUCAGUCGCAAGUCGCAGCUUGUUGCAUUAUAUGAAAUGUCGCCAUAUAACCAUACCAUUUUCUGUUGCACGACACAUGUCACCAUGUAGCCGUCUCCUAUAGAAGCCUACAGGUAUUUGGCAGUAUGUACCUGGAGAUUUUAUUUUUUCAUUUCCAGAUGUACAAUGCCAACUGUAUAGCCAAACAUGGUGGAUAUAGGGGCUAACAUAUGUAGACCCACUAAUGGAUUAUUUCUUUACACGAACAGUAGAAACCAGCAAAAUUAUAAGGAAUACAAAUAUAAAGUACAUGGUAAUACAUGACCAGAAUUCUGUUUUACUUUCUAUACUUUAUUUGAUGGGUCUCCUGUUUUAAGAUCAAUAAAAAAUUCAGUUUCCAUGAAGAUUUUAUUUGGUCUUUUGUCUUCACUGGCAGGAAAUCAGUGAGGUAUAACUACAACGGAGAAUGGGUUAAUAAAAUAGAGUGACAAAGUCUUGAAAUAAGAAUGGGACGCUUUGAUCAGAAUUUGAUCAACCAACUGGUCCUGUAUAGCGGACACACAAUUGCUAAGCUGCUCAUAUAUACAAAAGAGAUAAAAAGUUAGCUGAUAUGGGCCAAAAUAUGAUCCAUCCUGUUGGAAAAUUUAGGCUGUGGCCAAUCAUCUGCCAUUCCAGUGUGUUUUCCUCCUCUUCUAAACUGGCUACCUGAUCUUUCGGUUUACUCUAUGUUGUUGGUUGUAUUGUUCAUACCAGUGAUCCCACCAGCAACAAAGGCUUACAGACAGUGAAUGUGGAUCCACUGUCCACCGAACCAGUUUGACUUUGGGCUAGACCUAAGGCUUUCCCCUGGUAUUCACCUUUUAACCCCCAUAUAGUUGGACGUUGCUGCAGGGGAGACACCUGGCCACUACCUCUUGGAAUAGUGCCAAUUUGAUUGGCUGCUGACCCCCAGGGAUCAGAGACAUGGGUGCAUGGCACUGAGGGAACAGGCAAUACAUAUAGUCAGGAAACAGGCAGAGUUCAGGGCUGGCAGAGUUUGUGUGAAUCAAUUAAGCAAUCUAAAAGGUUAGGGCAGGCGACACAUGCACAGGUCAGGAACCAGAAAUCAGACAGACAAACAGAUAAUAGCACAUUUACAGGCCCCAGCAAGCUAGAGAGACUUAGCAGUUCUGUAGAAACCAAUUGCAUAGGCAAGGACUGAAGGAAACCGCCAGGUAUACAGUUGCAAGAAAAUAUAGGUGAACCCUAUGGAAUGAUAUGGAUUUCUGCACAAAUUGGUCAUAAAAUGUGAUCUGAUCUUCAUCUAAGUCACAAUAGACAACCACAGUCUGCUUAAACUAAUAAUACACAAAGAAUUAAAUGUUACCAUGUUUUUAUUGAACACACUGUUGUGGAAAUUUUAGUAUAUGGAAUUAUGUGGACAUUUUAUCCUAGUGUGUGUGUGUGUGUGUGUGUGUGCGCGUGUGUGUGUGUUUUAUAGAUUGUCAUCUGUCUCCCUGUGUCGGAUUUAACCGAGGAACACUCCAGCAGAGGGUACUUGGGUUGAAUUGGGACAAGCGGUAAAACCAUCAGUAUGAAAACCUUCUCAUGGGCUUGGAGACGUGUUCUCAGUGUGUAGAGGGACGUUUGCCGGUUUGUGAGCACUAAGUGCAAUGCACUAGGCUUCUUCCC